AUGGCGUCUACCAGUGCCUCUGCACCAGCCGCCGCAGCUACACCACCAGCAGCGCCAGCCGCCGCUCCAGGCCACGACAUUGCAGACUUGAAAGAAAAAGUCUACGAUGAGAGCGUCCGUCUCACCGAAGAAGACACUAAGGUCGUCUUCCACCAAAAUGACAUCCUCGACAUGGAGUUCAUGAGAGGGGUAGACGUCAACACACUCCUCGCCAUCAUCAACGAGCUCCUCAAAGCGAAGCUAUACAAGGUUGUUCAGGAUGCAGAUGGAAUGGGCUGGAAGACGCGGACUAGGGAGGAGGCAAAGAGAUACAGCACCCUGACCCCCGAGCAAGAAAUGGUCUACUCCCACAUCGACGAAUCUGGCGCCGAAGGCAUCUGGAUCCGCACCGUGAAGAUGCGCUCCAAAUUGCACGACUCGGUCGUAAACGUAGCCCUGAAACAACUCGAGAGCAAAUCCCUUGUAACAACCAUCAAAUCCGUCGAGCACCCCACCCGCAAGAUGUAUAUCAAGUCCACGAUCCGGCCCAGCGAGCGCGCGACAGGCGGUCCGUUUUACACGGACGGAGAGCUGGACGAGGAAUUUGUCGAUAUGAUGAAGAGGUAUCUGGUGAAAUAUAUCAGUGAGAAGAGUUUCUACCGCUCGAGCACGCUGUUGAAGAAUGCAAACAAGACUAUUAAGAUGAGUGCUGAAGAAGCAAAGAGGGCGAGGAAUAAUGGUUUGGGGCCGCGAAGGCAAGCGCAGCCAGUUGAUAGUGCGAGGGCGGCACGGAUUAGAAAUUAUGAGAGUAUGGUACCGAUGCCGCAUGGUUAUGCUGGCUAUCCGGGUGUGCACGAGAUGACGGCUAUGAUUGAGGAUCGUAGCGUGACGAAUACUACUUUGACGGCGGCCGAGAUUCAGCAAUUGCUGGAUGUGCUGUGCUUUGAUGAUCUUAUUGAGAGGGUGGAGGGGGGGAAAGAGGGAUUUUCAUAUAGAGCGUUGAGGAAGUCUUUGUUGGAUGAUGAAGAGGGUGGGAGUGUGCUUACAGAGAUGCCUUGUGGUCGGUGCCCUGUUUUCGAUUUGUGUGAGGAGGGAGGACCUGUGGCUCCUAGCAGUUGUAUAUAUUACAAUGACUGGCUAGAGUUAUGA